ACUUAUUUAUAAAAUAUUCAUUUCAGUAAUAAAUUUUUAAUCAUAAUCAACUAGCUUGAUUAUUUUUCAGUUUUUUUAUUUAUUCAAAAGUAACUCUGCUGUACGAUUCACCUUUAACACUAGUUACCGCCAAUUUUUUUAAUAUUCAGUGACUUUUCAAUACAAAUAAUUAAUCAAAAUAAUUAUGUUAAUAAUUUAAAAUAUGCAUAUUUUGAAAAUUUCGACUUUAAAUAACUCUGUAAAUUAUAUUAUUGAUACAGCUAUCAUCAUUCGAGUGUAUUACUAUUGUUAAAAUGUACUAUAAAAUUAAGGUUAUGACAACAAUGAAAACGAGUAAUGUGUCGUGAGAACAUGUGUACUAAAUGUAUUGAAAACGUGCCAGAAAUUAGAUUAAUAUUUGGAGAAUUAAUGAAAUUGUAAGAUAUUAAAUAUUUAUUUUUAGUAAUAAAUUAUAAAUACAAUGAUUAUUAAGUUGAACAAAGUUAUAAGUUGCUCAUCAGAGCAUCCAAAUUUUCCUGCUUCAAAUUUACUCCAUAAUCCACCACCUGGACCAUGGAAAUGUGCAAAACCAGGAGAAAUGUUAGCUACAGUCAUUCUCGAAUUAUCUGAGCCUUCUUGUAUCAUAGGAUUGGACAUAGGGAAUUAUCGAUCAUGUAUAAUCAUUGUAGAAGCAUCUAAAUCGACAGAACCUGAUCAUUGGACUCAAAUAAUUAACCAUCAAUUUUUAACUCAUGACGAAGCAGCGAAUAAUAAAUUUAAAGAUCAAGUCCAAUUAUUUACCAAAAAAGAAUUGAAUUCUGAUAUUUUAAAGGAAAAAUUUGAUCGCGUUAAAGUCACAUGUAUGCAAUCUGCUAAUUUAAAAGAACUUUUUGGUUUAGCUUUUAUAACACUAAGAACAGAAGUUGUUAUUGAUUUAGGUAUUAACGUUUUUGGAAGAUUUAAAAUGAAAGCUGAAGAACCAGAAAAAGCACGGCUAAGUUUCAAAGAAAAAUACUUAAAUUUAUUUCCAGAGAAACAAAAGUCUUAUAAAGAAGAACUUGCAGAAAAAAUUAAGGAAACUACAGUAAACAAUUUUAAUAAACGUCAAGAAGAAGAAAGGCAACCAAGAAAGCGACCAUUAUUGGAAAAAUUAGAAGCAGGAAAAAGUGAAGAAGUUUUCGGAAAAAAACCUAACGAAGAUACAUCAGAAGCUGGUACUAGCACAUCUUCUAUUCGUAAACCUAAUGGAGUGACGAGAACACCUUUUGGGGAUAUAAUUUCGACUCCAGAAAGACAAAAGAAUCCUCCUAGCAAACAACAAAAUAUUGUUACUAAAACAGAGACAAAAAUGCAAUUAAAUGAUAAGAAAAAUGUGAAAGAAGAUGAUGAUAAAAAACAGAAAAAGCCGCGAAGAAGAUUAAAAAUUAUAGAUGACGAUGAUGAAGAUGAUACAGAGGACGAAAAAUGUACAUGCUCCAAAAACUCUCCAGAUGAAAAAUGUAAAGUCUGUAAAAGAUUACCAACACCAACUGCUGAAAAACUACUGCCUCGUAAGAAGACAAAGAUAGAUCCACCAAAAAAUACAGCAAAAAAAGAAUUUUCUAAACUUAUGGAAGAUGUUACAUUUGCUUUGAGUGGAUACGUUAAUCCACAGCGUGAAGAAAUUAGAAGAAAAGCUUUAAAGAUGGGAGCCAAAUAUGUUGCAGAUCCGAAUACUACUAAUAAUAAAUGUACUCAUUUGAUAUGUGCUUUUAAAAAUACUCCCAAGUCCCAGCAGUUGAAAGGUCAUUCGAAGAUUGUUUCUCAUAUCUAUAUAGAAGAAUGUUUCGAUCAUAAAAAGAGAUUUCCUUGGAGACGUUACGCUUUGAAUAGUAGUGACAAAAAGCAACCAGAAAGUGAAGAGGAAAUUGAUGGUUCAGCAUCACCUCCACCUCCAGUAAACCCUUAUGAAGUAGAAACGGAAUCAGAAAGUAAUGAUGGAGAUUAUUAAAUUGAAAAGUUAUGAUUUGAAAUCAGUUUUGUCUAAAAAUAUACAUAAAUUACAUGCCAUAUACCUGUAAAAUAGUUGGUAUAUUUAUUUAUAUUUUAUAAUAAGUCUUUAUUUUUGUAUUUGUAUAAAUAAA